AUGCCUUUGGAGAAGACACGAGAGAAACGACGUAGAAGAUGUCGUUCUGCCGAAAGUGACCGAAGGCAUCAUCAGAAGUCGAAAUAUUUGACCGCCAACGGUAAGGAAAACAAUAUGGCGCGAGACCGCAUCUGCCCCAGACUUGCCGUGGACUAUGGUCCGAUAAGACCUGACCAGGUGGAUAUAGAGAAGGAAAUAGGACACGAGGCCAUAAAAAAGGGUAAACUUAUUAGGGAAUUGAACCCUGAGUGGGGCGAAACGCAAAAGAGUCAAGGAGAGAGAAGGAAUAAUUGGUGUGCGAAGGUGACCGUAAAGAUAGAGCAUAUAGCGAAGAAAAAAGAUUGGUUGUCAUUGUAUAGCAGAGUAGCCAAGUUUGUUGAAGCUGCAAGGGUUACAGAUAACGCACCCAGAAGUUAUGCAACGGGGUGCAAGGCGAGUACUCAGUUUUUCCAGAGCAACAGCGAGACGGUAGGAUAUUCCGAGAGAAGCCAGUGGAAGCGAGCGACGAUGAAUGAGCACCGAGAAAACCAGAAGAGUAUACGAGGUUUUAAGCGUGAAAAGAAGUGUAUACAGAGACAUUUGCGGGCGAGAGAGCAAGGCACAACUUGGGCACAACCGUUGGCGGACGUUCGUGUCGACAAGAGGACGGAUGCGCUGUCGAUGACGAAACGCAAAACCUAA